CAUCCGAGACGUCUUGUUGCAGACCCUAUAUCAACCCAAUCGAGCCCAGUUCCCUCAUUCUUGUGCCCUAACGCCCAUCAUAUCGAAUUUCUCUAUCCCACCAUGCCCAAAAGCAAGCGUGCCAAAGUUGUGAAUCUUUCCAAAGUCGGAAAGAAGGGCAAAGAGCUAUCCCAAAAGCUUUUCCGAAAUGUACGCGAAUGCCUGGAUCAGUACGCUUACUGCUGGGCCUACAGUGUCGAAGCCAUGCGAAAUACUUACCUAAAGGAUGUACGCAAUGAACUCUCUGAUAGCCGAUUAUUUUUUGGCAAGACAAAAGUUAUGGCUAAGGCUCUAGGCCUCACGCCUGAAGAAGCAUAUCAGCGCAAUACUGAAAAGCUGGCCGUGCACCUAAAUGGAGACAUGGGACUUUUGUUCACAAACCGAGAGCCCCAAUCUAUCAUUGAUUACUUUGAGAACCUCGCAAAAACCGAUUUUGCUCGUGCGGGAACAGAAGCAACAAGAGAUUUCUCCAUACCAGCUGGAAUUGUCAUGAGUACAGGAGGGCAGAUUGCGGCAGAGGACGAUACACCAUUGGCCCAUAGUCUAGAGCCUGAGCUGAGAAAAUUGGGCAUGCCGACCAGCUUAGAGAAAGGAAAGAUAAUACUGCAGAACGAUUACACUGUCUGCAGGGAGCAUGAUACGUUGGACAGUCGGCAGACCAGACUGAUGAAGUUAUUUAACCUUGCAACGGCCGACUUUAGGGUUUCUUUGAAAGCUCACUGGAAGUCGUCUACCUCAGAAGUAACAGUAAUGGAUGCAAUGAAUGAUUAA